UUUUCAUGCGCGCGCCAGAGCGCCAGUCGCUCGUGAACUUCCUUGUUGUAAAAUGGCGGAUGCCGCUCCAAAAAUGGUACCUCGUACAACCUUUAAUUAUACUACGUUAUGGGACGAUGUGUCUAGUUUUCGUCCGUGACAGUCUUGUGUCCGAACGUGACGUCCUGUGUUUGUACGGGUGUUGGUUACAGAGGCUGUCGAUACGGUUUUUUAUUUGAUACGCCGAAGUACAGUGCUGCUACGAGAGAAUGCUGCUCCCAAUAUCGGUGGCCUUGCUCUCGGUCGAAAGCUUUGCGAGAUUAUCUGAGGUUACAGUUUAUUUAGGAAUGCUGCUAUUCAUAAUCUUUCUCAUAUGGAGGUGCUUUAAGAAACCUCCAGUUUACGAGGUGCCGGCAUGGGACAUCACCAAGGGACACCGCUGGUCUGUCACGGACAUCCUUAGCCGCACAGGAUACUGCAGCGUCUGUGAGAAUCUCAUUGUGGAUGGCCUCUUUUGCGACUGCUGUGGCUUGUGUGUGGAUCACUGCUGUCGUGGUGUAGCUGACAAAAAUUUCGGAUGCAAGGUUCUGUCCUGCAGCGGUGAUUCCAUCAAACAUCAUUGGGUAAAAGGCAAUACCUCUCCAAACAGCCGGUGUGCGGUGUGUGACGAGCUGUGUGGGCUGGAGGCAGCGCUGACUGACUUCCGGUGCUGCUGGUGUCAGCGGACGGUGCACACAGGGUGCACGGGCAAGCUUGCUGAGGUGUGCGACCUGGGCCGGCACCGGGCAUGUGUGGUGCCACCGUACUGCGUUCUACUGCGCAUGGUUGGCUGGAAAGGGCGGCGCCACCUGGCUGUGCGCAGCGUCAGCCCCCCAAGCUACAGCCCCUGGAGCCCGCUCAUCGUAGUUGCCAAUCGUCGAAGCGGCAACAAUGAUGGCGAGCAUGUGCUCAGUGCCUUUCGUGGCAUCCUCAAUCCGGCACAGGUGGUGGACUUGAAUGACCUGCCACCAGAAUCUGCGCUCGAGUGGUGCCACUUGAUAAAAGGUCACACAUGUCGGAUCAUUGUGGCUGGGGGUGAUGGCACAAUCAACUGGAUUUUUACUGUCAUGGACAGGCUGAAGCUAGAGCCUCUGCCUCCUCUGUGUGUCCUGCCCCUGGGCACUGGCAAUGACUUUGCACGGGUCUUCGGCUGGGGCGAGGGCUACAGCUCAUCAGACAUCAAUGUCAUCGACGUCGUGGACAGCAUUAACCAAGCUAAAGUGGAGAACAUUGACCGGUGGAGAGUCCACAUAUCUCCCCACCGGCGAUUGGGAUUUGCACCACCAUGUCAAGAAAUGUACAUGACCAAUUAUUUCUCCGUUGGCGUGGAUGCCCUGGUUACCCUCAACUUCCACAAGACACGGCAAUCCUGGCUCUACUUUUGGAAAAAUCGCCUUUUCAACAAGUUCCUGUACAUCACGUACGGCACCCGUGACUUGCUUGAAAAAAAGUGCCGGGACCUUCCGCGCAAGGUGCGCCUUUGGCUGGACGGGGAGCCCAAAAAUCUGGAGCAUCUGGAGGCCAUCACCGUGCUCAACAUCCCUUGCUGGGGCGCAGGUGUACGACCAUGGCACAUGGGCGCAGGCGGUCAGCUGGCUCAGCCUCAGAGGUACGAUGAUGGUCUCGUGGAAGUAAUAGGCCUGUACUCAUCCUUUCACGUGGCACAGCUUCAAGUUGGCAUAUCUGAACCUGUACGGCUUGGACAAGCUAAGGAAGUCAAGUUGGAGUUGCUGGAACACCUUCCCGUGCAAGUGGACGGCGAACCCUGGGAACAGGCUCCUGCCACCCUGCACAUCACAUUCCACUGCCAGGCAGCUGUGCUCGUGAACCAGGGUGAACCCCAGUCAUGAGCAGGCAACCUCACAGAAGGAAGCAUUGUCGUCUGGAAGGAGCAUGACAUUUCUUGUUGCUCAUCAGAGCAUGCCACCAACAUAUUGGGUUAGCUUCUGCAACUUGCGUUGCUUCAUUGCAAGACUUUGGAAGCCUGUGCUUCCAUUCUAGUGUAUGUUCAUUAAUGUAUUUAGACGUUUCCAUGCGCUACGUGGUGAUGUGAAAUUGUUGGUUACUGGAAGUAACUGCUGGUGGACACGUGUGACUGGUUGUGACCGACAUUAUGCCUCAUUAUUUUUGCUGGAGGCACAUCAUUCCAAGUGCUGAUUUGUUUUAUGGUAAUUUACUUUUGUGAUUUCGUGAAUUAUUUUUAUCACCCUGCAAUACUCAAUGCUGUGAAAUGUACAGUAUCUUUUAUUGCGAUCUGAUUAUGGGGUUAUCGCAGAGCCAGAGAAUUUGCUUUAUUGAACCUGUUUGUUUUUUGCAUUUUAGCUAUCUCGUAAUAAUUUCGAAUGAAAACAUACAAAGAUAAGUUAAAUGAUCUUUACAUGGUUACAUGUCACAGCUUAGGGCUGUUUGAGGCUGGACGAACAGACAAGUACGAAUAUAAAGAUAGUGGAAUAAGCUAAUAAUGCAAGAGUUUCAGUAGCAAAUGCAUGGAGGGCCUUGUUCAACAUAGUACUAGCACGAAGCGCACACUCCUCCAUGCAUCUAGUAUACUGUCAUGUGCCCCACUGGGCUUGUAUUGAGUAGUUACACUCGCUUAUGAUAUAUAUUUCUCAAGUUAUCACUGAAUGUUGUACAGUAAAAGUAUGUGUCACAAAUAUGAAAUCUGUGCAGGUGCUCAUUGUUGUUGCUGAUGACAAAAUUUUUGGUUAGUCAUGCUAGUAUCUUGGCUGACGUCGACAGUAUGCAGAUGCAUUAAAUGUAGCUGCAGUGUAGCAAAGUCAACAAUAUCCUCAUUACACAUGGGGUUUGUAAAGGAUGGCGAAGUUGCUAUUUAUUGUUGCUGUUAAGUAUUCACUUGAUUGGGGUGCUGUUCAUCAGUUUUGUUGAGCAGUUAGAUGUGUGAAAUUAUACACAUCUUAUAUUUUGCUUUCAACAUUUGCACGCUAAGUUAUUUGUACAUGCUGUUCAUCAAAGUGGUAAUAUGAUACUAUGUAUUAUUUUUAUCAUCACCUAAUGUGUUGAUCACCAUGUGUGUUGCAAUGCAGUUUUGUAUUCAAAUAUCGUAAUACAAUUUGUGUAUUCUAAUAGAGUUCUCUUGUACCUGUGAAAAAAUGAAUUGCAAUUUAUGUUUGUAGUUUUAAUGGGCAAGCAUUGAGGACAGUACUAUCGACUGCUUUUUGUAGAAGCCUUAUGCUGUUGUCACAUAUCGGAAUGAGCAGCCUAAAUACGUGUAAGUUGCAUUCUUAUUUGGAAAGUUUAAGGCAAAUGAUCAGGGCACGGAAUGAAAAAGGCACUUGCAAAAUCUUCUUGAUUAAUACCGUAUGUACUCGUGUAAUGGCCGUAGGUUUUUUUUUCCGAGAUUUGGGGUGAAAAUUGGGGGUGCGGCCAUUACACGGAGAAAAAGACACAUUUUUUUUCGUAAUUAUUUUCGGUGGUGCUUGCCUUUAUUGAACUACAGUACUAGCUUGUACUGGCUCAGGGUAUUCUUGGCUAUUGAUAUAGCGUGUUACCUGCCGGCUGGAAUAAAUGGCGACGCCCCACAGACCAGCGAUGGCAGCAUCUUGGAGGCAGCGGAUAAAUCUCGGAGGCUGGGCUUUUGCUACUGUUGCGACUCCAGUUACUUCAACCUCUACCGGCGUUACUACUGGGUAGCGUGGCAUUGCCGGCAGGCUGCAGGAGUUCGGUAGACCAUGGCGACCAGGCAGGGGCAAGACGAUUUCUAGUGCGAAACUUGCACUGUUUUCAUGGUUGAUGAAGGAUAAAAAAGAAGAGAAUAAUGAGAAAAUACAUGGCGGGGCCACUUAAAUAGGCCCGCUAAAAUCGUAGGCAGGAUUUUGCUCACAUCAACGUCAUGUGACAUGUACUGAGUCCAGUCGGGGGUUUGGCCCCUCUCUCCUAGGCGAUGUUGCACGUGCUUGCCUCCGCUAGCGGCGACUCGAGGCUCCUGAGUUGCACAGUUCUUGGAAGGCGGACUUCCUCGCCUCCUGGGCACACGCACACAAAGGGGCCAGUAAUCACUGCGGGCGCCCGCCAGAUUGAGGACCACUCGAUACAACCAUAGCAAAUUAGGGAUACAUCCUCCGAUAAUCUUUUUUGCACGGGGUGUCGCACGUCAAUCGUAACACUACCUGGAGGCACUGAAAACUCGGCACGGCUGCCUUGUUUUGCCACCGAUUAAAGAAAAAGAAGCUUUGGAAUUCUUGCACCACACAACAGAUAACACUGCCAACCUUCACAGAAAUCAAGGGUUUGGCUUAUACAUGGGUAAUCGUAAAAUAUAUUUUUGGGGGGGAUUUUUUUACAUAGUUCUGGGUGCAGCUUUCACACGGGUGCGGCCAUUACACGAGUUUAUGCAGUAUCAUCGUUAGUUGACAAGUAGUAGUAGAUGUGGCCAUUGAAUGAGAUGGAGGGCAUUUUGUCCGGGAAACUUGAAUCGCCUGGAAUGAAACACAAGUAUACUACACACAUCCCUUAUUGUAAUACCUUGGUGGUUUUGGGGAAUGGCUAACAGGAUUGACCUAUGCGGAUUGGUUAGUAUUGAUGAUAUUGUCAUGUUGUAGUGACGAAGAACACAGUAGCAAAACUGUGAAUCACGAAACAAACUUUUUAUUGGGCGAACCUGUGCCCAGAAAACAACACUCAAGCGCAAUGAUAGCGGUAAGCACAGUCAUCGAUCAUCGAAAAUUUGAUCUGCGGGUCAAGCGCAUUGGCUUUUAUGCAUGACUCGUCGAAAUUUGCAGGGUAAUCACUGAUGCCUACGUGCCUUCCAGAAAAUACUACACAUUUCCUGCCGCACAUGCAAUCUGAUUAUACAAGGUUCGGCUAGAACAUACACAGCAGAUAGAAUCAACAAUAACAUUCGAGUAAGCUCCAAUCGUACAGGUGGGUCUUGCGCUGAGCGAUAACUUUUAAGUUGUUAGCGGGUGAAAUGCAGUCCCCGAGAAAAGAAUAAAUAAGCAGCUUGCCACAUGUUUGCUUACUUAUGGGAAGUGUGAAAGUCGCAUUGUCGUAUGAAUCAUACAUCAGAGUAGGACAAUAUCUUUUUGAGAUGCCAUUUAAUUACAUCUGCUGAAAAUUACAUUUUUACCAUAUUUCUUGCAUCAGCAUAUUUAAAACAAACAGCAGUAGUCCACAAUAUAUUUUUAAAAUUUGUCGUUAGCUUUUGUUGAGAGAGUAAACAUGGGCUCCAUGCUUUGAACUUCAAUCGUACCUGAGCCGCAGGAUAAAAGGCCCAAUUUUCUAAUGCUGUGUACCCAGAACAAAACCUGGCAUUUAAAAAAAAAAUGCUUAGUGUCACUGUUGACAAUAUUUUUCAGCAUAUGUAAGCAACGAACUUUAAAUGUAGUUUUCUUUUUAUUUUUGUACUUGUCGCUCUUGGGUGCUACGUUAUACAUAGAGGCAGUGCCCUGUUGAAUGAAAGUGCUAAAAGUAAGACUUAAUAUUUUCAGUGCUGGGUAAGCACGCAGCACACUAUCGACACCUUUCUUAUUAUAGUCACUGUUUCUUUACUAUUUAGUAUGAGAGAGGUCACAAAAGAAAUAUAUAUAGUAUAUAUAUAUAUAUGUAUUGUUGAUCUGAAGCGGCCAGAUACAACCUUCAACUGUGCAUGUCAGUUAUCCAGAAGGCAACUAGACAGCCUAUUCAUGUCAGCCUAAUCAGCUUAAACUCUCAUCUUGCACCGGGCUGCAUAUAUUUCAUAAAGCUCCUCGCUGGCCGCACUGCGGCAUGUUAACCCUUUCAGGCCCAAAUUAAUUCUGUUCAUUGUAAAAAAAUGGUCUUAACCAUUUGAGAUGUGCAUGAUCGUGGUACUUAAAAAAAAAUUAAAAAUCUGUGCUCACACUUUUCAAUCGAAACUUAUUAAAUGAUUCCAAAUGGAAUCAGUGGGACUUGAAAUGCGUCGUUUCAAGCAAUACGUGAAAAGUCUAUUUUAGAUGAAACUGUUUGAAGCAAUUCUUUUCUUUGUUGAGGCAGAGGUGAGCGCCACACUUCUCGCACUGAAUGUGGGAGUAAGAGCACAUUCUUCUUUAUUUUUUCUACUUCGUGCGACUGACUUCUUUUUCAUCGGACGAAUCAAUGUCACCUCAAGGGAUCAGCACAAGCUUCGCAACUUCUUGAUUUUUGCAAUAAAACUCGCAUGCGCUGAUUGUCGCCAUGUGUUCCGAAAGAAGUUGUUUCCGUAUUACGGAGGGAUUUCCCCCCAAAAAGUUUAUCUACACGGCAUAAGCUCAUAUCAACAGCAAAAUCACAAAAAAAAGAGCAAGGCCCCACCAAUAAUACAGGCUCCUGACGCAAUAAUGAUCCAUCAGGUAACACGCGCCCAAAACAUCGCCAGGUACAGCAUGAAAACGCCGUUUGAGCGCGAACAAACACGCGAUUUAGUCAUUGAGGUAACGUCAAUCGAAAAUGUAUCGCGUGAGUACUCAGGGCCGCUACGUCCCAAUGAUUCCAUUUGGAAUCAUCAAGAUUCGCAAAGUUCUUCGGUACCCGCAAAUACUUUUUGCCGAAUAAAUUUACUGCGAAGGGAUAGCAUAGCACCUAAUAGUCCAAAUCCAAAUGUUCGAGACAAAAAUAAAAUAAUUGUCGUACCGCUUCACGGUGAAAAGAAGACGGGAUCUCAGCGAAUGGCGAGAACAGUGCAAGUGAUUUUUUUAUUUUUUCGUUCAGAGGUGACAGCACUUCCUUGAGUCUACCAGCUUGCCAGCAUAUGUAGAGCAAGGGCUAAAUAUGAGUUGUAGCGUAAGAACAACCUUUUUUUUUUAACCCGGGGUUGCCCACUAAGCUACAAAAUUGAUGAUUCCAUUUGGAAUCACUGGGCCUUAAAGGGUUAAUGUGAGAGUCGAAAUGGAGGAGUUGAUCUCGGAAAUAUUGCCUCAAGAAAAACUUCAUUUCCACUGACCAACACGCUGCUGCCUCCGCAGAUGCUGGCUUGAUGCAUAGCAAUGGCUUCGCUGCGACAAAGGCAGGAAUGUGCGCCACUACAUCCUGGGCUGAUGCAGUCUUUAUGAUCAACCGCGAAUGUGCAUAAGUCAUUCUUGAAUGCAGGGACAACUUGUUCUUGUUCAUCAAAGAAAGCUGCUCACACAAAUACACGCUUCCAUUUAUGGUGGAGAUUCUCCCAGCUUUCUUACACAGUGCAGGAGAUGUGUGUACGGCAAGAAACUUGUAAAAACUCUGGUACACCGAUAUCUUCAAACUUCUGCUUGAGCGUUGUGAUGGCCUGCAUCUUGAUCAGUUCAAUCUGUAUGGAAGUCACGCCUUCUACUUGCACUGAGAAUGUCAGCAAGGAAUGCUUGGAACUUAUUAGAGAGGCUGGUCAUAUUCUGGAACUGGCCUUCAAAUUCUUUUUGGAGAUCAUUGAGCAGCGCACAAGAAGCAUCCCAACAAUGCUGAUAUAAAUUUUCCUGCGAACUCAUCGCUGGAAAAUGGUCGAGCAUUGCCUGCCCCUUACCUGAUGCUCCCAAGGCUGCAGUUCUGCCUUGUAUGCAAGGAUGGCAUCAAACAUUGCAGUGAUGGCUUUGUUCUUGCCUUGAAGCUUACAUUUUAAGGCCAUUUAUAUGCCCACCAAUGUCCGGCAGAAAUCUUAGGGUACUAAUUCAUGCACUUUGCAUCCGACAGCUUGGCGACUUGAUUGCCUUUGGCUUUCAUGAAUGAGUCAAUCUCAUUCAGCAACUCAAAAAAUACCUUAAACAAUUUGGCCUGGCUCAACUAUCGCACCUCAAUGUUGUACACAAUGCCAUUAUGUCCAGUGUCACUUGCCUCUAACGAAGAAAUGAACUGACGACGGUUCAGCACUUUCAACUGAAUAAAGUUCACCGUGCUAAACACAGUGUUCUUCGUAUGCAGUGAAUUGCACCAUAGUGCCUCUUGGUGCACAAUGCAAUGGACUCCAACAGAAUUUGUUUAGUGCUGCAAGCUGUGCCUGGUGCACCAGACGAGCCCGUCCUUGCGUCCAACCAUUCAGGAGUGUCGUCAAUUGUGAGGAAGACAAGCUUCUCAAACGGCAGUUCUGCCCACUCAACCUGUUUUUCAAGCACUGACAAAAUGUCGGCACUAGUGGUUGUUCCUUUCAUUGACAUCAGGUCAGCAGUUCCUUUGUGAAGUUAAGGCUUCUGUCAACGCCUCCGGUAAAAUUUGCACAGAGAGCGUUGUCAAUAACGUGGGUGCUCUCGUGCACAGUGAUUGUAAACAUGACACACCCCUGGCACAACUUUUUGAGACGACCUUCAAUAUCUACGCUAAUUUCAUUAACACAUUCAGCGACAGCAUUCGCGAAAGGUUGAUCUUCUAAAAAGUUCCCUUCAUGCUGCGGCAAGCAGCAUCCCAUACUUCUAGCAGGCACUUCUCUAUGAGGACACCUUCCGUAAAUGUUUUAGAAGAUUUAGCUGUUAGCCAUGAAAUAACAAAACUUGCUCUCAUUGUGUUGCCAUUCGUGUGGGCUGUUUUCUGGAAGAGCCGUUGCUAUUUUUCAAGGGCUGAUUUCAAGCCCUGCUGGGCCCUACACUCAGUAGGGCAACGCAGGCCGCGUGUUUGAGACCCCUGUGUUAAACUGCAAGCCGUAAAAAUAUAUUUUACAGCAAAGCUGUUAAAGGGAAUGCCACAUCAGUUUUUGUGUGACUGUGAUGAAGUCUGGCAAUGAAAGCUGACGGUGGUGUGCAGCGGCAUGGCUGGUAUCAAAUGUCAAACAGUAGAUGCAAUGCAGCCUCUGUCGGGGCUUCCAAGCAGCUGUAUGACCAAGGAGUCGGUGAUGAAUCACCACUAAAAACUGCCAGAAGUGAAGCCUUCUUCCAGGUCACCAGAAUGUGCAGGUAGAUGCUGGCAUUAGUAGAGCCAGUGUAGAAUGCAGAAACACGUCAGAUAUAAUGGAAAGUAUUGAAAUACUAAGCAUGGAUUAAGUGAAGCAUUUGAGAAGGCUCGGCUAUUGUGAAGGUGUUGCACUGGGUAUACUGAAGUGUUUGCAAAAUUUUAGGUACAUUUUGGGUACUGGCAAAACACCCCUUGGACUUGAGGGGGGUGUGGCAACUCUGUUAUAUAGCUGCGCUGUCUGAUGUGUUUGUGUUUGUUGUUUGGAAUGGCAUAUAGCCGCAAAUUUCUUUAUAGUAAUUUUUUUGCCCUGGGAACAUUGUUUUAUGGAUGAUGACUGAACUGGAGCUGUUGUAGCUGACCAAAUACAUUUUGUAUAGUGCAAAUUUAUGACACAAUACUGCUUGGUAAGCACGAAAAGCAUAAAUACAGUUGCGGCAUAUUCUCUUGGUAAUGAUAUUUGCUUUCUGUUCUGUCAAAACUUCCAAUGUCUGUACUAUAGUGUUGUGGUAGUAAGUUUUGUACCCUGUAAUAAACGUUACAUAUCUGA